UCGCUCCGGCUCUCCCAGCCGCCCUGGGCCGCGGCCGAGCGCUGCGCGCGCGUGAAGAUGCUCUGAGCGUUGACCGUCGCCGGGCAGGCCUCGGCCCGCCAUGAACACCUCCCCAGGCACGGUGGGCAGCGACCCGGUCAUCCUGGCCACGGCCGGCUACGACCACACCGUGCGCUUCUGGCAGGCCCACAGCGGGAUCUGCACGCGCACCGUGCAGCACCAGGACUCCCAGGUGAACGCAUUGGAGAUCACGCCCGACCGCAGCAUGAUUGCUGCUGCAGGUUACCAGCACAUCCGCAUGUAUGACCUCAACUCCAAUAACCCCAACCCCAUCAUCAGCUACGACGGGGUGAAUAAGAACAUCGCCUCCGUGGGCUUCCACGAGGACGGCCGCUGGAUGUACACCGGCGGGGAGGACUGCACCGCCCGCAUCUGGGAUCUCAGGUCCCGGAACCUGCAGUGUCAGCGCAUCUUUCAGGUGAACGCGCCCAUUAACUGUGUGUGCCUGCACCCCAACCAGGCGGAGCUCAUUGUGGGUGACCAGAGUGGCGCUAUCCACAUCUGGGACCUGAAGACCGACCCA